AUGUCAGGCUCAUCGCCUGAAUUCCUCCGCUUCACCGGCCACCGGUCCUUCGCCCGCCGCCUGACCAUCGCGACCCUCACCGGCCGCCCCAUCCACAUCUCCAAGAUCCGCAGCUCCUCGCCGACGAACCCGGGUCUCGCCCCCCACGAGGUCUCCUUCCUGCGCCUCCUCGAGGCCGUCACCAACGGCUCCUCGAUGCAAAUCUCCUACAGCGGCACCACCAUCUCGUACCACCCGGGCCUCAUCACCGGCACAAUGGCCGGCCUCGGCGCCGCCACGGACGGCGACGUCAUCGAGCACUCCAUCCCCGUCACCUGCACCCGCGGCAUCACCUACUUCCUCCUCCCGCUGUGCCUCCUCGCGCCCUUCUCAAAGGCCCACAUGAACGUCCGCUUCUCCGGCCCCGGCGUCAUCACCUCCGCCACCGAGGCCGGCGACGUCUCCGUCGACACCUUCCGCACCGCCAUCCUCCCGCUCUUUGGCCUCUUCGGCAUCCCCCCCGCCCGCAUCGAGCUGCGCGUCCUGCAGCGCUCCUGCGCCGGACCCGGCGGCAAGGGCGGUGGCGGCAUCGUCGAGCUGCGCUUCGCCAGCCAGGUCCGCCUGCCCAAGACGCUGCAUCUGCACCGCAGCCCCGGCCGCGUCAAGAGGAUACGAGGCGUGGCCUACUGCACCGGCGUUUCGGCUUCCAACAACGCCCGCAUGAUCCAUGCCGCUCGAGAGAUCCUGAACCCCUUCGUCACCGACAUUCACAUCGCGGCGCAGUACGACCAGGCGCCACUGGUGCCCACGGGAGACAAGGCAGGCAGCAAGAGAAGGUUGGGUAUAGGCUACGGCCUGAGCCUGGUCGCAGAGUCCAACGCCGUCGGCGUGCUCUACUCCGCAGACGUCGUCGUGCUGCCGUCGGGUGGAGAGGUCCCGGAAGAUAUUGGAAAGAGAUGCGCCUAUCAACUGCUGGAGACAAUCGCAAAGGGAGGCUGCGUGACCCCCGUCUCGGCAGGCACCGUGCUGACCCUAAUGGCCAUGGGCUCCGAAGACGUCGGCCGGUUGAGGAUUGGCAGAGAUAUUCUCGGCACUGAGGAGAUUGUUCAGCUGGCAAGAGAUCUCAAGACAUUUGGCGCAAGCAGCUGGGGGUUGAGGGACGUUGAGGAUGAUGAUAGCGGCGACAUUAUAGUCUCUGUCAAGGGCACUGGUGUCGGCAAUGUAGGAAGGAAAGUCGCUUAG